AUGAUUACACAACAAUAUCAAUUAAGUAAACCAUUCAAUUAUGAAAAUGACUAUGAAUAUUCAAUUCAAAAUCCAAUAUCAUUUUGGGAUGAAGUAGCAAAACAAAAUAUUAUAUGGGAUAAACCAUUUGAAACAACAUAUGAAAAUAAGGAAAAUAAUAAUGAUGAAUGGUUUAAAGGUGGACUAAUAAACACAUGUUAUAAUGUAUUGGAUAAACAUAUUGCUAAUGGCAAAGGUGAAGAGACUGCAUUUAUUCACGAAAUACCAUUAAAAGGAAUAACAAAAAAAAUUACAUAUCAAGAACUAUAUGAAAAAGUUUGCAAAUUUUCAAGCGGACUUAAAGAGUUGGGUGUAAAGAAAGGUGAUGUCAUUUUGGUUUAUCUUCCAAACUCGAUAGAAAAUGUUAUAACAAUGUUAUCGUGUGCAAGAAUUGGGGCUAUACACAAUGUUGUAUUUGGUGGGGAAAUGUCAGGUAAUUUAAUUGAUAAUAUAGAAGAAUGUAAACCAAAAUUAAUCAUAACUACCAUUGGUGGAUAUGUAUUUGAAAGGAUUGUAAACUUUUUAUCGACCAUUAAAGAAACAUUAAAAAUAUCAAAACAUAAAAUAUCAAGAGUAGUCGUUUUAAAUAGACCUGAAUUCGAAAAUGAUUUUAAAGAAGAACUAAAUGAUCAAAUUUUUAUAGACUGGAACAAUCUAAUUGAAAAUGUAAAACCAUUGAAAGAGUAUGAAGUUGUAGAAUCACACCAUCCGCUCUAUAUUAUGUACACAUCUGGAUCUACAAGUAAACCAAAAGGAAUUGUUAGAGAAACUGGGGACCACUUAGUAAUGUUAGAUUAUUUUAUUAGAAAUUCCAAUGGCUUAAAAGAAGGUGAUACUUACCUCAAUUUGGCAUCCCUGGGGUGGGUAUCUGGUGUUGCCCGUUCAGUCUAUGGAUGUUUAUUAGUUGGUGCCAGAUCCAUUUUAGUAGAAGGCUCAUUUAAAAACCAAGUCAAAGGUUUUUGGGGUUUGGUCGAAAAAUAUAAUGUUACUCAUCUCACGGCAACACCAUCAAAAAUUAGAGGUUUUAUUAAAGAUGAUAAAAAUGGUGAAAUUUCAUCACAAUUCAACCUAUCAUCAUUGAAAAAAGUUACAAUUGCAUCCGAAAAAUUACAGCUAGAAACAUUAAAAUAUUUAGAAGUUGUUAUAAAAAGACCUAUCAUAUGCAAUGAAUAUGGCCAAACCGAAACUGGUAUACUAUCAAUUGGAUACCCAUCACUCCAAGUACCGAUCCGUAAAGAUUCAAUUGGCAAACCAAUUCCAGGAUACCAAAUUAAAAUUAUAAGCAAAAAUGAAAAAGGUCAAGUUAUCGAACUAGGUCCUAAUGAAAUUGGAGAAAUAGUAAUCAAGUUACCAUUGCCUCCAGCAUUGGUUAAAAGACUCUAUGGUGACAAUGAAUCUAAAUCACUCUAUAAUAGUCAAUAUAUUAACGAGUACCCAGGAUACUUUAAUAAUGGUGACUCUGGAUAUAUCGAUAACGAAGGUUACAUAUUUUAUACAUCACGAUCUGGUGACUCCAUCUCAGUUUCAGCGUAUACAAUAAAUUGUGGUGUAAUCGAAAGUGAAAUUUUCAAACAUCAAAACAUCAAUGACUGUUGUGUCAUUGGUAUCGAUGACGAAAUCAGUUUCCAAAAACCUCUUACAUUAUUAAUUUUACAAAAUGACGUUAAGAAUGAUGAAGAAUUGGAAAAGUUAAAAUCAGAAAUCAAUAACCUUGUUCAAAGUAAAUUAUCAAUUUGUUUGGAAAUCGAGAACUUAAUUAUAGUAAAAAGAUUACCAAAAACUAGAACAUCAAAAAAAAUUAAAAAUGUUAUCACAAAAAUAUUUAAUGGUAAAGAUUAUCAAAUACCAGCAUCAAUAGCAGAUGCAUCCGUUAUCACUGAAUUAGUCGAAGAAUAUAAUAAAUAUAAAAAAACCUUAAAUAAAAAUUUAUUACAGAUAUAG